GCAGAAUCGAUUUCAAAAUACCCCACAUCACCACGCCAUUCAACUGAUGUUCAACGUACUCCUCUCACUGUCCCAAACCCACACUCUCCACUACUUGUGGACGAUGGAUCCAGCAAGUCAUCUGUCCUGAAACGUCUCGAACACGAUCGUCCAAAGUCUAUUGACGUACCAACCAAUCUAGAUUCCUCUAUUCUGAGUUCAAUGCGCUCGCCCACGUCUGGAGCUGGCUCCACACAACAACAACAACAAGCACAAUAUAAUCAACAAGGUAUUGAAAAUCCUACGCAACGCCCACAUACUGUCUUUAGAACACAAUCCGUGCCUGUCAAAACAUAUCGAAAAGUGUUAAAGCAACAUGUCCAGAAUACGAUUGUCACUACAGGUGCUACAGGAAACGGUGUGUUAUUGGAUAGCAAAAAAGAAGGAGGAGAUCACCAGGUUGUCGUUCUGAACCCACAGACGACUGCGAAAGCAUUCACACGCAUGGUAGCGAGGUCAAGAGCGUUCUUUAAUUUGAGUCAGCAAUGUCAUGAUAUUUAUGCAUGGAAGCAGCCUAUUUUGUCGGUUCUGAAUUGCGUCCUUUUUACCGUAUCCUGCUUCUAUCCUGUGGUGUUGAUAUUGACACCAUUGUUGUUAAUUGGGAUUCUGUACAAGCAAACCGAUGUCAGGAGCGGACAGGCGGUGUCUCACGUACUACUACCUAGAUUUGACGAGACCUCGCCAGAGUACUACAUUAAUCUGGAGCGUAUG